AGACUUGAAAAGCCCACAGCCUUUGCAUCCUCUUUGCCAGAGUGUCAGUGUCUGGACCCUCCACUCCCCUCUGAACUCAGCUGUGGUAGCUGCUGUCACUGUCAGGGUUCCAGCCUCCGGCUGAGGGCAACAUGAAGGCUACAAUGGCCACCUCCACCAGCCUACUGCUGCUGCUCCUGCUGCUGCUGCUCCUGAGUCCUCCUUGGAUGAGGGCUGGUGCUGAGGAACAGGCUGUGGUAUGUGCGGGAACUGCCUGCUACUCAGCCCACUGGGGCAAGCUGAGUGCAGCUGAGGCCCAGGUUCACUGCAGCAAGAAUGGGGGCAACCUGGCCACGGUGAGGUCUGAGGAGGAGGCCUGGCACAUUCAGCGAGCGCUAGCUCAGCUCCUAGAGCCCAGGGUGCCCCUGGAAACCCAGAAAGGCAAGUUCUGGAUAGGACUCCAGCGGGAGAAAAGGAAAUGCUUGGACCCUAGCCUUCCUCUGAAGGGUUUCAGUUGGGUAGGCGGCGGAGAGGAAACAUCUUAUUCCAACUGGCACAAGGAUGUCAAGAGCUCUUGUAUCUCCAAGCGCUGUGUGUCUCUGAUGGUGGACCUGUCCCACUUGUCCCUCACCAGCCACCUCCUCAAGUGGUCUGAGGGCCCCUGUGGGAGCCCAGGCUCUCCUGGAAUCCGCAUUGAGGGCUUCGUGUGCAAGUUCAGCUUCAAAGGCAUGUGCCGGCCCCUAUCCAUGGGGGGCCCAGGGCAGGUGAAAUAUACUACUCCCUUCCAGGCCACCAGCUCCUCCUUAGAGGUUGUGCCCUUUGCCUCUGUGGCCCAUGUUGUCUGUGUGGAUGAGGAUAAGGAUAGGCAGCAUUUCUUCCUGUGCAAUGAGAAGACCACUGAUGUAUUUGACUGGGACAGCUCAGGACCCCUCUGUGUCAGCCCUGAGUUUGGCUGCAACUUCAAUAAUGGAGGUUGCCAUCAAGACUGCUUUGAAGGGGGAGAUGGCUCCUUCCGAUGUGGCUGCCGUCCGGGGUUCCGGCUGUUGGAUGACCUGGUGACCUGUACCUCUCGGAACCCUUGUAGCUCCAGCGCAUGCAAAGGAUUGGCCACGUGCAUCCCUGGACCUCUCGAGAAAAACUACACAUGCCACUGCCCCCAAGGCUACCAGCUGGACUCGACUCAGCAGAACUGUGUAGACCUGGAUGAAUGCCAGGAUUCCCCAUGCUCCCAAGAGUGUAUCAACACUCCUGGAGGCUUCCACUGUGAGUGUUGGGUAGGCUAUGAGCCUGGCAGCCCUGAAAAGGGAGCCUGUCAGGAUGUGGAUGAGUGUGCCCCUGGCCACUCACCCUGUGCCCAUGGCUGCACCAACACAGAUGGCUCCUUCUAUUGCUCCUGUAAGGAUGGCUAUGUCUUGACAGGGAAAGAUGGAACUCAAUGCCAGGAUGUGAAUGAGUGUGAGGGCCCAGAAGGCAGUAUCUGUGACAGCUUAUGCUUCAACAUGCAAGGGUCCUUCCGCUGUGGCUGUUUGCCAGACAGAGAGCUAGCCCCCGAUGGGAUCUCCUGUAUCACAAGCCCUACAUCCCUGGGACCAUCUGUGGAGCCUCCCCACAGACAGAAGACAGGAGAUAGAGAGGGAAGACUUGUUCUUUCUAUCACAACAUCAAGUCCAAGUGAGCACCUUGAGGAUACUUCCAAUGUGGUACCUACCAAGAGGAGACCUUUCCUGAUACCCAAUGCCUCCAUCACCCCCAUGUCACUCCAGACUCCAGCCACCAAUGGGUCCCCUGGCAUCUGGAUGGAGCCAAGCAACCAUCACCCCACAGUCACCACUGGCAUUGAGGAAUCUACAAGAGGGAAUUUUAUGGUCCAACAAAGGGAUGAUGGCACCGACGGGCAAAAACUACUUUUGUUCUAUAUUCUGGGCACUGUGGUGGCCAUCCUACUCUUGCUGGCUCUGGCCCUAGGACUGCUGGUCUACCGAAAGCGCAGAGCCAAGACAGAGGGAAAGGAGAAAAAGCCGCAGAGUGCAGCAGACAGUUACUCCUGGGUUCCAGAACAAGCUGAAAGCAGAGCUAUGGAAAACCAGUACAGCCCAACGGCUGGAACAGACUGCUGAAGAUGAGGUGGUCCCAAAGACACUGUCAGUCUGCUGCCACCAUCCUCAGACCUUAGAGUCAUUCUCAAAAGGCAGGACCCACAACCUUCUGAAAUGCUGGAUUGGAAUCUGAGAAAACAAUUGUAAACUUCUCCAUAAAAGCCUGGCAACUUGGAAUGUACAGGUGUAUUCUAAAUGUGUAUGAUAUUCCUGAAAUGGAAUCGAUGAAUUAUAGUGUCAUUUUGAGAAUUUUUGAAUAUUAACAAUUUGUACUCAUUCCUCCUUUUCAAAUUCAAAUAUGACUAAUUUCAUUUUUUUGCACUGAUUCUGAAUUAUAAGUCUGGUGCUAAUGGGUUUCUCUUGAACUGCUUUUCUGCUCACUGGAUUCAUCUAAAAAGAAAAGGGGUCUGAUAAUGUUAAUCAGAACUGAAAAAAUUUGUUCCCUUUAGUAUAAUGGAGACUAAGUCAAUUACUGUUUAAUUAUAUAAAAAGCUUUUUUGUUUGUUUUUCAAAGGAAACAUAUUUAGAACUGAAAACAUGUCUUUGUAUUUACAUUUAUUCAUUUUUCUCAUCACAAGUCCUCUGAACUUGAUGUUGUUGAAAUCCUCUACAGUGACCAGAAAUACACUUAAUUGCCUAGUUAGCAAGGAGGCAGAGACUUUGGAAAUCACAUUUCUCAUUUUUAGGUUUAUGAUUGUAUUGGGUUUAUUUGCCAGUGGAGCCUAAAAAAAUGUUAAAAGUUAUAUGAAGAGAUUUAAAAUAAUUUUGAAAAGAAAUAAUCUAAUGUGCUGAAGAGAGAGGCCAGGGGUUUUUGUUUGUUUGUUUGUUUGUUUGUUUGUUUUACAAAUACUUGAAUCUAAAUUCAUGUAAAUGUUCUGAUAUUAACACAGACUUAAGUAAUGAUGAGAUGAACACUCAAGGAAAAAGCCAAGGACAAUGUGUCUCUAAGCCUGCACAUCACCCCCUCGGUAGGCUGCCCUGUCUUCACCUCAGGCAGCUCUAGAUCUGGGUGAUUUAGCGGUAAAGGGAGGGUACACUAGAAUGUCUCUCAUUCUGAUUGCUUCUAAAGGAUGUGUGAAUGAAAUGACUUGAUGAGUUCUGAAAACUGUCAUCAUAAAGUUUUUUAGCACAGUUCAUAGUUAACAU